GGAUCAUACGCCAUUUUAUAAAAGACAAUUGACGGAAAUAUUCGAAUGCGGAACUGUAGGACGGUAAACACAGCGUACUGAAAAAGCAAGCGAAAAGGGGAACUGUGACCAAAAGCAUACAAAUUUCGAAUCCUAAAAUUUUAUCUUAUUCUCCAAGUUUCUCUCUCAUUCUUCAUUAACUCGUUUUGUCAACUCAAAUUUUCACGCUUCUAACUCGCUCCAAAUCGGUCCCUUUCAGUCCGUUUUUUGUGUUCAUCGUUUGGAGAGGCUGAGUCAACUCGGUCAGCAAUCACAAUCCUAUGCUACUUACAGAACGAGCUUAUUUUGCUUUAGGUUGUUAGGUUUUGAGAAUUAGGGUUUCAAUUCGUCGAAAUUUGGGAAUUUUGGUGCGUAAAGGGAGCUGUCACAUAAUGACUGUGACGUGUUGAAACCAGAUUAAUGGAGAUAAGAAGAAGAAAAUAAGAUUGAUAGAGGAACGGAGAAUAUAGAAGAAGAGACCAGAAACAGAAACAGAAACAGGAUAAAGAAAAGUUCAGAAGGAGAAUAUAGAGGAAAUGAGGAAAUAGUAUUUUCAUUCAUAAUGCAUUCAGUACAUUGUAGUCCUAUAUCGGCCAAAAAUGACAAUUCAUCAUGUGCUAAUUACAAGGAAUCGUUUAUAACAAUCUAAUACAAUUAAUCUACCACCUUCAGGUCCCGUGUGCAGUACCCCUGAUCAACCAGCCCUUGAGCUUCAUUCUUUGCUAUGCCAGCUUCUAUCACUUUUUUGUUUUUGAGCUGCCUUUUUAGGAUUUUCCAUGGAAACAGUGGUUAAAGUUGAGGGGGGUGAUGAAGGGAAAUUUGAAGAGACUGGCCUUGAGAAAAGUAACUUGAUUUUAUCUUCACCAAAGCAUGUUGCUGAUCCAGUUGUUUACAAGCUUGUUCGGGUUGAGGGGGAUGGGAGAUUAGUGCCUGCGACGGAUGAUGAACUCAUGGAGGUUGAGGGUUUGCUAGAAAAUGAGAAGUGUGAAACCCAAAUUGUUGCAGACACUGGGCAUGUUUUAGGGUGCACUUCUAAUGAAGUGUCAUCACCAGGCAUGCCUCAGUUAGGAAGCUCGGAAGGCUUGUCACAUUCUGAGAUCACCGAAGCUGAUACUGAGAAAUUAAGUGCACGCAUUGAGGAAAUGGUCCCUUCUCGGACACAAUGCUCGAGUGACAAUCAUGUUACUCAAUCUUGGAGUGUUGGGGAGCACUCAAAACGUUUGGUUGGGUCAAUAGAAGGUGGAUCAUCAAGUUCUGUUGGCUGUAUCAGUUCAAAACCUGAUUUUUCCAAGUUGAAGGAUGAAAUAUGCCUGGAUAAUUUAUCGAUUAAAGAACUUCAUGAAGUUUUUAAGGCAACAUUUGGACGAGACACUACUGUCAAGGAUAAGCAGUGGCUUAAAAGAAGGAUUGCCAUGGGAUUGACUAAUUUUUGUGAUGUUUCAACUGCAACUUUUGUAAUUAAAGACAAUAAAUUGGUGAAAAAGGGUAAAGAAGAUAGUUGUAACAAUGUGAAUCUUUCUACUGGCAUAGAACUCCCAGCAGUUGGAGUUGAAUACCACGAGGACUUGCUGAAUAGCCAUAGUCAUCAAAUAGAUGAGCAUCAAACUACUUCUGGGAUGAGAUCGGGAAACAAUGGAGUGGAAGACAAUUGUGGAAGUGAACCUCUUGCAGCAGAUCAGAGAGCUGCAAAGAGAGUACGGAGGCCAACAAAGCGAUAUAUUGAAGAACUUUCUGAAGCAGAGUACAAAGAGUACCGUGGCAGGUUAAUUUCAUCAACUAAAAACAUUGAGAUUAGACCCUUGGCUUCAAAAUCUCAUGCUAGGCCUGCUAGAAAUGUGUCCUUGGAAGGGAGAACUGUUAUGAUGAGAUUGGAUUCCUUUGGAGGAUCUGGGAUUCAGGUUCCAUGUGUUUAUCGGGUUCGAAGAAGCCAGCCAAGGAAGAAUGUCAUGGCUCUUUUGAAAUUCCAUCCCAGUGGCAUUGGCAGGACAGCUACGUUAGUAAGGAAGUGUCUUGAUGUACAUGGUUCUCAAAUGGACAAUGGGAGUGUGAACAAAGUUUUGAAAACCAAAUCUGCUCCUGAGCAAACUCCACAACAGUAUGUAGCUGAAUCCAAGAAAGAGAGGCCAUCAGCCGAGCUGGGGCAGAAUAUGGGGCUAAAACAGGAUACUUCAGAUGGUAAUGUUGUUACUGUGCGAACAGCAAAAGGUGGAAUUAGAAGGAAACAUCAUCGAGCUUGGACUCUCUCUGAGGUUAUGAAGCUAGUUGAGGGUGUGUCUAAGUAUGGAGCCGGCAGAUGGUCUGAGAUUAAAAGGCUUGCCUUUGCAUCCUAUUCAUAUAGAACCUCUGUUGAUCUCAAGGACAAAUGGAGAAAUCUGCUGAAAGCUAGCUUUGCCUGGACACCUGUGGACAAAGGGGUAAAUUCACGGAAACAUCCUGCGAUGCCCAUCCCUGCACCAAUUUUGUUACGUGUGAGAGAGCUUGCUGAGAUGCAUUCACAGGUUCCACCACCAAGUCAUUGUGCGAGCAAGCAGGCUGCAUGUGGUGGCAGAAGUGUAUAUGAAACACGACCAGGAUACUCGUAACAUUGUAUAUAAUAGAUUUUAGUUUUCUAAACUAGAAACAGGAUUACUCUAAUUCCUCUGUACCAUCUAGAAAUAAAUAAUUAAAAAAAAACCGUUUUCUUAAAAAUUGAUAAUUUUGUCUGAAUGUGCAGGUGAGUUU